AUGUCCUUCGAUCAGUUAUCGUCCUUAGAAUCGCAGCCAACGACGACACGCAGGCAGGAUGAUCCGCAAUACUCGGACGAUCCCGAGUUCCAGCGCUUGUCGCAUGACCUCAUGACGAAGUUAUUUACUUUGACGGGCAACAUUUCGAGGCUUUCGAAUGAGGUGGCAUUGUUGGGCACACGGAGAGAUACAGAGCGGGUUCGCGAAAGGGUGCAUGACCUGCUGGAAGAAACCAAGGAUACCUUCAAAGAAGUUGGCGAGGGCGUGAAGACGAUACAGUCAUGGGAGGAUGUCAGCCCUUCGCAAAAAUACACGCAGCAAAAGCUGGCCCGCGAGUUCCAAAACAACCUCCGAGAAUUUCAAACCGUGCAGCGACAAGCACUUGAGAAACAACGAUCUUCUGCUUCAGCAGCCAGGACUGCACUAGACGAGCAGCAAUCACCAGCAGCGGAUGGAAGCCAGCAAUUUGGACAGCAGCAACAGCAAUCUCAAGAAGUGCUGAGAUUAGCGUCGCAGGAUGAAGUCGACUUCCAAGAUUCCUUGAUUGUGGAGCGAGAGGCAGAGAUCAGGAAUAUCGAGCAGGGCGUCACCGAGUUGAAUGAGCUGUUCCGAGAUGUUGCACACAUCGUCAAUGAGCAAGGGGAGCUUUUGGACAACAUCCAUGAGAAUGUGGAGAACACAAGGUGGGUCAUCCGUAAUUGUCUGGACCCCGAAAUUGCUCCAGCCGAGCUUGGUUGUUUCCGGCAGAGUUUGCUUGCAUUUGUUACCGAAAUGGUCUCAUCAGCUGCGUUAACAGCUUCGGCCGCGCUGAAGUCGCGCGUCAAGAGACCGUCGCUGCUCAGCAAGCUUGCCCACCCGGAGGAUCUGAUCAAACACUUCCCCAAUGGUGCGUAUAUUGGAUGGUCUGGGUUCACUGGCGUGGGAUACCCAAAGAAAAUCCCUACGAUGCUUGCGGACCACGUCGAGAAGAACGAUCUACAGGGCAAGCUCAGGUACUCCCUCUUUGUAGGUGCUAGUUCUGGAGCCGAGACCGAAAACAGAUGGGCAGCGUUGAACAUGAUUGAGAGGCGGGCUCCGCAUCAGGUCGGAAAGGAGAUUGCGAAGGGAAUAAAUAACGGCAAAAUCAACUUCUUUGACAAACAUCUGUCAAUGUUUCCGGUAGAUCUCGUAUAUGGAUUUUACACCAAAGACAAGCCAAACAAUAAGCUGGAUGUUGUCGUAGUUGAAGCCUCAGAAGUACUCGAGGAUGGUGGCAUUGUGCCUGGUGCUUCUGUCGGAGCGUCUCCCGAGCUCAUCCAAAUGGCAGACAAGAUCAUCAUCGAAGUCAACACAGCAAUCCCGCCCAUGGAGGGUCUACACGAUAUUACCUUGACCCAAUUGCCUCCUCACCGAAAGCCAUACUUGAUCAUGGCCCCCGAGGAUCGGAUUGGAUCAACAUCUAUUCCUAUCGACCCCGACAAGGUUGUUGCGAUCAUCGAAUCGGACUACCAAGACCAAACCGCACCAAACACUCCCGCCGAUGCUACCUCUGCAGCAAUUGCAAGGCAUCUGAUCGAGUUCCUUGAAUACGAGGUUGCCCAUGGCCGUCUCCCAAAGAACCUUCUCCCUCUCCAGUCAGGUAUCGGUAACAUCGCCAACGCCGUCAUUGGUGGACUUGCUGAAUCAAAGUUCGAGCAUCUCAAGGUCUGGACCGAGGUCUUGCAAGACACGUUCUUGGACCUGUUCGAUUCCAAAAAGCUAGACUUUGCAACAGCAACCUCCAUACGCUUCUCUCCCGACGGAUUCAAGCGUUUCUACAAUAAUUGGGACAACUACCAUGACAAACUCCUUCUGCGAUCUCAACAAGUCUCCAACUCCCCAGAAAUCAUUCGGCGACUGGGUGUGAUCGGAAUGAACACACCCGUCGAAGUUGACAUUUACGCCCAUGCUAACUCGACCUGUGUAAUGGGAUCGCGAAUGUUGAACGGUCUCGGCGGAUCUGCUGAUUUCCUUCGCUCCGCUAAGUACAGCAUCAUGCACACACCUUCCACUCGGCCUUCCAAGGCGGAUCCUCAUGGCGUGAGCUGCAUCGUGCCAAUGUGCACUCACGUCGAUCAGACCGAGCACGACCUUGACGUUGUUGUCACCGAGCAAGGAUUAGCUGAUGUCCGAGGAUUGAGUCCUAGAGAGAGAGCAAAGGUCAUUAUCGAGAAGUGUGCGCAUCCAGAAUAUAAGCCUAUCCUGGAGGAUUACUUCAAGAAGGCGGAGUUUGAGUGCAUGAAGAGAGGAUGGGGACAUGAGCCACACUUGCUAUGGAACAGCUUCGACAUGCACAAGGCGUUGGACCUGGAGGGAAGCAUGAAGAAGAUCAAGACCUGGGGUUGA